CGACAUUUGUUUUGGUGAUAAAGGCGAGGACAUCAUAUCCCUCGUCCUACAUCGGCACUUCGUGGCUGGUCCCAGCAGGGCGUGGCAGGUGACCCGCUUGGGGGGUGAGCAAGACCCGGCGAGGCCCCGCCAGACUCCGCAGAAGUCCGGCAGGACUCCGCAGGCCCUGGCAAGACUCAGCAGCUGGCUCUUCGCAGGACCGAGCAGAUGUGUCAGUAGGACUGAGCAGGGCAAACUAGGGACUAGCAUAUCACGGCAGGAGUAAACAGAACUCUGCACGUGACGUGGAAGCUCGACAGCGUUCAGCAUUGCUGUGCAAGUGCCAGCAGGUCCUAGCAAGGCUCAGAAGGAUCAUUGGCGAAAUAAAAAUCACCUCGCAGUGUAGGGUGCGCAAAAGUUCCGCAAAAAAAGUGUGAGGUCUUGACUGCGUACUAGGGCUACUCGCUAAAACAAUCCCCGAGAAGGUAUGGACACUCGCGGGUGCUGGGUAUAGGUCGUGCCGGCCCGUCUUCAUAUCUCACGGACGCAGGCCCGAAAUCUUGGCACCCACUAUCUCACGCAGGGCGCGACACCGCUCUGGUCCCCAUCGCGCCCGGAGGGCAGCCGAGGGGCAACCGGGACACCUAAGAGCGGGCAUAUCAAGCUCCGAGCACCUUCCGACGCCCAGAUUGUCUUUAUUUCAAGGCUCUGACCUGGUAGCCAGACAUUCGCGCGGCCACCCUGCUCCCAUCAGAGUGCAAAAAGGGAUGCAAGCAUGAGAUGUGCUCAGCGUCUCGGCAACUUUCGGACAAGCUUCCUUGUCCUUUACGCUUGUGGCAAGGAGACCACCGCCUGCAAGAACCCUGGUAGCCUCCUGCGGACGCUUGUGGUGCCACGUCUUCAUGAUGAAUUCCAGGCUGAUGUCCUCCAUUGUUCCUGCCGACUGUAUCCUGUUUGAGCUCUUGACUGUAAUCGGCUCCCACAGGACGAGCUCCGCAGAGGACUUCAAAAGCCCCCGCCGCCGACGGGCCAGAGUGCCGCGCCGCCAGGGGGCACUUCAAAGGCGGGCUGCCCGCCGCGCCGGCCUCGCCGACAAGAGCGUGAUCGGACCAGCCCAGAAACAAGGACCCCGGAGCAUGCAACGUCUGGUGGGCCCGCACCCCAGGCCCGUCUCACGCGCACAGUGGCUUUUCCGCGUCGCCGCCAGCGUAGCCGCCAGCGUUGCCGACGACUUCCGCCAGCUUUUGGCGGCGGGCGCAAGGCGAAUAGGAGAUUGAUAGCAGAAUCGAUGUAUCAAACAAUCAAUUCACUUCCUCGCCGAACCUACGAGAAAAAUACGCAGAACGCUCCGUAGAUCAGCGGAGCACCCUGAGCAUGUAAAACAGAAUUCGAGGGAGUAAAUCAAUG